AAGGUUUUGAAAAAUAUACAUCCAGCUGAAAUGGCAUUUCCUGAUAGACAAAUCCCGACUAAGGCUUUGGUGGUGGAAAAGGCGGGCUCGCCUUUUGUCCUGCAGGACAUUACACUGGACGAGGUUCGUGAUGGGGAAGUGCUUGUUGAGAUGAAAUACACUGGACUGUGUCAUACAGAUAUCGUGGUGCAGCAAGGACUUAUGCCAGUUGGAGGUUUCCCCGCUAUUCUCGGUCACGAGGGAGCUGGCAUCAUUCGAAGACUCGGGGGUUCUAUGAAAGAUAGCUCCCUGAAAGUUGGUGACCAAAUACUCCUGUCUUUCAGCUCUUGCACAACCUGUUCAUUCUGCAGCCAAGGUCGAAAUGGUUCUUGUCCUCAUAUCACAGCGAUCAACUUCACAGGAACUAGACUUUCCGAUGGCAGUAACCCGGCAAGUUUGGCUGAUGGCACGCCUGUCCGCAGCAAGUUCUUUGGGCAAUCAUCCUUUAGCAAGCUGGCUGUUGUUUCCGAAACGUCUGUCGUUAAGUGUGCGUUCAGCAGCGAGGAAUUUGCCAUCAUGGCUCCGAUGGGAUGUGGGUACUUUACCGGUGCGGGCACGAUUAUGAGAGUUUUGAAACCCUCAAAGAAAACGACGGUAGCAAUACUGGGUAUGGGAGCUGUGGGGCUGAGUGCUUUGAUGGCAGCCAAAGCUAUAGGGGUCGAGAGAGUAAUAGCUGUCGACAUCGUGGAUGCCAAAUUGGAACUCGCUGUUUCUCUCGGAGCCACCGACGCGCUCAACUCUGGUAGAAUCACCAGCCUCGCAGAAACCUUGAAAGGGCUAGUCAGCGAUGGAGUCGAUCAGAUUGUCGACACAACUGGUAUCUGCUCCCUGAUAGAAGAAGGUAUCCGUGGUCUAGGCCACGGUGGUGUCUUUGCCCUGGUCGGAGUGGCCCGCCCUAGCCAAAAGGUUUCUGUUGAUCCUUUGGACAUGCUUCUCUCGUGCAAACGCCUAAUCGGUGUCAUCGAGGCAUUAUCAGACCCCGUCGAGUUGAUUCCUGAGCUUGUGAAAUUGCAACGGGAAGGCCUAUUUCCCGUUGAAAAAUUAUCACGGGCAUACCCUGUUGCUGAUAUCGACAAGGCUAUUGCAGAUCUCAAGGCAGGUAGAGUUGUAAAGCCAAUACUUUCAUGGGAAUCUGUGUAAUUAGCUAGCUAUAGAAC